AUGGAGUCCCCACGUGACCUGAGGCGGCUGUGGGACUGCAUUUUGGCCAUGGGGGACAAUGAUGUUUACUAUUCCGAGGCUUGCACAGGCCUUAUUGUCACAAGUUUUUAUGGAGAGAAGUUGCAGAUGGUACUAAAAUAUCUACGAGACAAGUUCUUUUCUUACACCUGGUCUACCUUGGAGUCCUUCAGCCAGGAUGACUCCGCCCAUACCAGGAUCACAGCCCUUAAAGGUAUCAUUAAGUAUUCCCGAACCGUAUGCUCAUCAAUGAGCUUUAUUCAUUCACAUUAUUGCAAGGAGCUCCUUGUUGAUUUACUUACUCCUGAGGCCAAGGAUGCCUCGUUUAGCUAUAACAGCAAGGACCUUCUAAGUCCCAUUUACAACCGUCUUUGCACCCUCCGUGAACUGUAUUGUCCUAGUGCAUUACGGGGAGCCAGUGUGCAAAGACCCAACCUUUAUAUUGAAGGCAUUCGUGUAGCAACAACGCCAAUCAAGGAGGUUCUUCUUCUCUAUAGCGAGCUCUCACCAAAUCACAAAGAGGAAGUCCAGGAGAUGGUAGAGGGAGCGCUCUUAUUUGAUGCGGACAGGUACUUAUUGGACUUCACAGAGUUUGUAUCUGUACAAUUGAACGCACCCUUAGGUUGCCAUGCAGUGGAGCUCUUUCAUCGCUUGUCCAUCUUUGAAGAGGAAAUGCUAUCUGCGCUGCAUCAGAUACUUCCAGUGGAAUCCAAAUUCGAUCCAGCGCAGACCCUGGCUCGAGUGUGCAAUGCCGCUAUCUGUCUAGGCGUGAAAAUGCAUCCCGAAAGACACUGGGAAGGCAUAAGAAUUAUUGUAGAUAAACUAGUAAAAGAAGAGAUUCCUGUAUGCAGUACAAUGGUGUCAUUUAUGGAUCAUACCAUCCUUGCCUUCAUAAUGAACAAACGACACAGAGAGUUUGUGGAUAUCAUGACUAACAUAGUAUGCAGAGGACUUACUGCCGCCAACGACGUACAGUGCCUCUUUAGAUCUCUAUUCAGAGUAGACACUUUGACCAAUCAUACGGGUGUACACUACGCAAAGCUCUUGGACACAAUCCAUAAUAGAUUAAAUAGUGUUAUCAGCAAUGGAAGCUGCUCCAUCAAGGAACAAAUAGGACUAUAUGCAGCAGCGUUUAUCAACUUCCACCAUGUGAGGGGAGAGAUGGAAGCCCUGACAAAGAUCAUGCCUCACAAACCAUUAUUCUUUUGCAAACUGUUUGAAGAACGGAUAUUGUUGGAUCUCUUUUCACGUAUGACUGCACUGCGACUGGGGUUAACCUUCAUGGAUCAACAUCUUGACAAACUAUCCUAUAUUCUGGCCGAGCUGGAGCUGUUCACGGUGCUAGCAUCCAUAUUUACGCCAUGCCUUACUCAGCUGUAUGCAUACGUGCUUACCAUUUCAACAGGGUGUAGAGAGGCACGUCAGAUUGAAGCGAAAUCGAAAGCUUUGUAUGCUUUUGUCACGACAUCAGGGUGGAAGAGCUCGAUGCCAAAGAUAGCUGGGCUAAUAGCUACAUUGGUCCAGCCAGUAACAUCCAGUAAUGUUGAGAUAGGAUUUUCGAAUAUUCGCUUGCCAGAGACAGUAAAGACAGCCCUCUGUGAGGCCAGAUUUGCCGCCAUAAAUGUCGGAGCCGAUGACAGGCUGAGAGUGGUCCGCGAAGAUUGCCUUCGCAAACUAACAAGAAACAGUUGUGACACAGAUUGCUUAAAUCAAUUGGUAAGUGCAGGUUACUUUUAUGUAUCAAUAUCUCCAGAAGAUAUGAACUUCCCAUUGAAGCUCACAGAUUCCUUAAGCAACAGAACCAGAAGCGAUAACAAUACCAAUAGCAAUAGCGGUAACAAGGAACCAAAGAAACUGGAGAUCAUGGCACGCCUGUCGCGGAUGGUGAAGACAUCAGGAAGGAUCUCUGUUGAAGAUCUGGUAAAUGCUUGCCAUGAACACUAUAAAGCAACCAGUACCAUUACCAAAAGCGAAAUAUCAGACAUAGUUCAGCGUCUCACUGAGUCUGACGUACUAGAGUGGACGGGAGAGAAGAUGCUGCAAUGGCAUGAUUAA